GUGUCGUCGAACGCCACCAACACUUGUAAACACCAUGCCCAAAGGUGACCACCGACGCCAGCGCAAGACACCGUUUUCCGCAGAUGAAUCCUUGGGAUUGCCCAGCAGCAAGGAAGUCGCAUCACCACUUGAUGAGGACUCGAUGUGGGUCUACUGGACAUCCCGGGGUGACACAUGGGACGCGCAGCCGGCAUGCUGGAUCACCGACUACGUCCUCGGCCUCCAAUGCUUUGUAUCUUUCGGAUGCUUGCUGUACAUGACGUCGAUUACACGCCAAGACAUGUUUUGGAACGCCGUCUAUCUUGCGGCCAUGGGGUCGACGGCAACUCUCGGCGGCGUGCUCCAUCAUGUUGCUUACAAAGCCCAGUCGCGCUUCUCCACCGACGCCGGCCUCCAUCGACGACGCGUGUUUGGCUUACGCAUGACACAGCCCAGCGUAGAUCGCUGGAUUCGAUGGAUGUGGCGCUUUGUCCUGGGCUUGACGACGCUGGCCAACUUUGCCCUUGUUGCCGCCGCCGCCUCGCGCUACAUGAACCCCCACUGGUCCCAAUGGACUAUCUACAUCGCGGGCAUCGCAUACACAGCUGUCGCGGCGAUCGCAUUCGCGACUAUGCGCACCUCUAUCAUGCUCGUUGGAUUCCUUCCCCCACUAUGUUUCGGCUCCAUCGGUGCCGUCGCGGCCUUUGAGCGAGGCUGGCUCUGCGAGCUUCUCGUCCUCGCCUUUGCACUUGCUGGCGGCCUCAUACAAGCUGCGGAAGUGAGUCCGUCACGACAGCACUUCAACCACAAUGCGCUUGCUCAUGUGUGCAUCAGCGCUUCCGUCACGACCAUGGCCGUCCACUUGAGUGUAAUUGCAUAAACCAUACCUACCAGCCGAA